UGCUGCAUAAGAAUUUUCACCUCGUUUACAUCGGUUCUGCAAAGAGAAGGUUUCUGUGCAUGUGGUUCUGUAUAUUUGAACUACACGUGAAAACAUGUCUGUGGUCCAAAGUUUGUUAGAUUUUUAUGAAACGUCUUUAGAUUUCUCCAAAAAUGAAGMUCGGACAAAGGUAUUCGAUAUUCUGAGAAGCUGUAAUGUGAAAGGGCCAUUAGUAGCUACAGACCUUGGGGAUAAACUUGGUUACAUGUUUGUCUUCGUUGGUACUGAUGGAGGGCACUGGACAUUGAGAAACUAUUCUAAUGGACUUGUAUCUCUUGAUAUUGUACAAAUUGUCAAAGAUGGUGGAUCUGAACUUUUAUCAAAAGAGGCAUUAGAAACUCUAAAGAAAUCUCUUCAAGAAGUGUUUUCAAGUAAGAAAUCAAGAAGACUCCCAAAAAUCAUACGGGAUGGACCUAUCGAUCCAUACUUGGGUACCAUGGAUGAACGUUUAGUGGAGUAUGACAUUGACAAGGUGGUUGUUAAUGAAAAUUCUCCUUAUCAAAAUAUCAAGAUUUUACACUCCAUAAUUUAUGGCAACAUUCUUGUGCUGGAUGAUGAUGUCAACUUAGCUGAAAGUGACAUUUCCUACACGAGAGCCAUCACUGGUCAAGGCCGAGAAGAUUACAAAGACAAGACAGUGUUGAUUCUUGGAGGUGGUGAUGGUGGAAUACUUCAUGAACUACUGAAGCAGAGUCCCAAGCAAAUUGUUAUGGCAGAAAUAGAUGAAAUAGUUGUUAAUCAUGCAAAAAAAUAUUUGAGGGGCAUCUGUGGAGAUUCCCUGGAUUCCUUGAAAGGGGACAAUUAUGAGGUUAUCAUUGGUGACUGUGUAAAAGUCAUGAAUCAAUACAUCAGUGAAGGCAAGGUGUUUGAUUAUGUAAUCAAUGACUUGACAGCUGUACCAAUUACUACUGAACCUAGAGGCUCACAGUGGGAUUUCAUGCGACUCAUUCUUGACCUGUCUAUGAAAGUCAUGGCUCCAAAAGGAAGAUACUUCACACAGGGAAAUUCCUUCAUGAUGAGCGAUGCUUUAAAGAUGUAUGAAGAACAGUUGGGAAAACUAUCAUGUSCUGUUGAAUUUUGCAAAGAAUCUGUUCAUGUACCUUCUUACGUAGAACUCUGGGUGUUUUAUGAAAUUUGGAAGAAGGAUCAAGCUUGAAUUAGGAAUAGGCCUUUUGAUACAACAGGUGACGUAACCCUACCCCCUUCAAAGGAGAAAUUGUGUCAAAAUGAACAUCAGGAAUGAACAGACCACCUCCAUAUUAGUAAGAAGGCAAAGUUUCAGCUCAUAAUGUUGACUUUAGGAGAAAAGGCUUUUUUUUUUUUGAUUUUGUAUUUAACACCAUUUCUCCUAUACUCAACGUUAAGAGCCUAAACUUUGCCUUCAUACUAAUAUAAAGGUGCUCAUUCCAUUUCCGAUGUUCACUUUGACACAUUUGUUUUAUUUUUAAGGGGGCAGGGUCACGGUCACGUGACCAAUUGUUGCAARGGUCUUUWGCAUGGYAUUAGCAUCUUCUCUAAGUAACUUACUUUUGUUUUGAAUUAAAAUGUGGUAAAUACA